AUGGGUGACGCCUCGUCUCCUGCUCCCCCGGAGCAGUCGUCCUCGGUGGUUCCCAUUCGGAUCCUAACACAAAACAUCCGCUUCGCAACCGACAAUCCAGACCGGGCAGAGAAACUGUGGCCGGACCGAUUCCCCCACCUGUCCAGCCACUUCAAGUACCACACGCGGCCACACUUCGCGCCGCCCACGACGCUGGUGUGCAUGCAAGAAGUGCUCCACGAACAACUUGUCGACCUCCACCAGAAGACGUUCAACACCUCGAGUGCCGCACACCCGGCCAACAACAGCAACAACAGCAACAACAACAACGACUGGACCUACGUCGGGGUCGGCCGCAACGACGGCAAGACCAAGGGCGAAUACAGCCCCGUCUUCUUCCGCCAGUCGGCCUGGAAAUGCAUCCACUUUGAUACCAUCUGGCUGAACGAGACCGGCCAAGUCGGCAAGAAGGGCUGGGACGCCGACUCCGUCCGCAUCCUGACCUGCGCGGUGCUGGAGUCGGUUGGCAGCUCACACGGCUCACCCCGUGGCGACCAGUCAACGUCACCCAAGCGAAUCCUCGCAAUGAACACGCACCUCGACAACGAGGGCGAGAUCUCCCGCCGCGAGUCCGCCAAGGUGAUCCUGGCCAUGGCGUCGCGCCUCCGUGCCCGCUUCUCCCCCGGCUUCACAUUCCUGUGCGGCGACCUCAACUCCCGCCCCAACGGCGACGCCUACCAGAUCUUGAAUAGCCCGGGGUCCGGCUUCGUCGACGCCCGCCGUCUCAUCCCCGAUGACGGAAAUAAGGACGGCAAGAUCUACGCCUUGGGUAACGAGCUGACGUUCACGGGCUUUCCUGAAGAUCCGGCCGCCACGGGCGCCGAGAGGAUCGACUUUGUCCAUCUGGGCGUUCCGCCGCAGGACACGUCUCCAGAGAGGGAACCAAACGCACAUGACACCUUGAGAGACAUGGUCCAGUGCUAUGGUGUGCUGCCUAAUCGAUUCGACGAUCGGGUUUGGUUGAGUGAUCAUCGCGGUGUCGUCGUGGAUGUGCUGGUGGAGUUGUAG